AUGGAAGAAGAAGAAGCGCUUUGCUCUAAACGCCACCCACGAUUGACCAUCCAGGUCGACAUCAACCGACAGGCGCUCCAGGUCCAGGAACAUCACAGUCCGCGGCAUCAACAGGAGCGUCAACCCCAACCCACCACCAACGAGCCCGAGAUAGGGUCCGAGUCUCAAGAACAAGUACGUGUGGAGGUGUCGGUCCAUCCUCGAGCGCAACAGCCAGCUAUUACCGCCUCUGCAUCAUCCCGAUCUCCAGCUCUAGCCCUAGCCUCAUCACCCACAGACAUUGCCUCGACGUCGUCUUCAACCCAACCUCCAGGUAGCAGUCCUAGCACAUCCUGCGUGCAGGAUCGGACCCUGUGCCAGACCCAGAAUCGGGAUCAGGAUCAGGAUCACCCCCGACCAGAGCUAGGCGACUACCGCACCCAAGCGCUCGCACAGUUCGAAGCUGACCUGCGUGCCGUCACCAACGCUCCUGGGCAGGAUCACCGGAUCCCGACGCGCACAGGGACUGGGAUUGGAACGGGAAGUUUUCCUCCGAGACGAUGGCCGGGACUGGUCGAGCAUACCUACGAUGACCGUGACUAUGACCAUGACAGCGGAUAUGACAGUGAGCAUUGA